AUGUCCCUCGACACUCUCAAUGUCACCAGUACCUAUCACCGCGACACAUAUCCGGCGAUCUCCCCUACCAAUCCCUCUCUCAGCCAGGCUGGGAGGGCAAUUCUUAUUACAGGAGGUGGCGGUGGAAUAGGCUUUGAGAUUGCUCGGUCUUUUGCUAAAGCGGCCGCCUCUAAGAUCAUUAUUGUGGGACGCAGAAGUGCCGUCUUGGAGGCCGCAGCGGUCAAGCUGCGAGAAGAGUUUAAAGACUCGACCACCGAAUUCAUUGCUCACCAAGGAGACAUUGGAGACGAUGCAUCUAUCUCCUCCCUUUGGGAUUUCCUGAACUCUCGGAACAUAUUCGUGCGUGUUUUAGUCCUCAAUGCCGCUCACUUCACCCCGUGGGGACCCGACACGCUGAAAAUGGAUAAACGAGAACUCAUGGAAGGAUUCGAUAUCAACGUCGGUGGUAACUUCCUCAUGACAGUCAAGUUUGUGAACCAGCCACUGCGCCCUGCGGGUCAGCAACUAAAUCUGAUCAAUGUAUCGACGGCUAGUAUCCAAAUGAUUCCUGCCCCGAAUCAGACUCCGUACUCGACUACCAAAUCAGCAUUUACUGCGCUCAUCGGGAGAAUUGCUGAUGAACACCCUGUCGAGGACAUUCAGAUCAUAUCAUAUCAUCCAGGCGCUCUUUAUUCGGAAGGUGCUGCAAAACAUGUGGACAAAAAUCUUCUCAAGUGGGAUGAGAUGGCACUACCAGCAGAUUAUGCCGUGUGGGCGGCGUCUCCAGAGGCAUCCUGGCUACAUGGUCGCUUUGUGUGGGCGCACUGGGACGUCGAUGAAUUGAAAGCGGACAAGGGCUUCUUGAAGAGACUGCAAGAAGAGAAAGGUUUCUUAAGGGUUGCGGUCCAAGGAUUAAAAGAGCUCUCGUUGGAGGCAUUCUUAAACAAGUAG